AAUUCUGUCAUUUCAAUGUGGAACAACAGAAUUAUUGCUGUAGAAAGAUUUAUCAAAUGUAUGAUGGUAACAAGGUCUUCUUGGUCACGUUGGCCUACCACGAAAAAAGGGGUCAAUUGGAUUGCCAAGUGAGGGUGUGUUUGGAGUGAAGGCAAGGCUGGACCAAACGAGAAAAAGGCAGCAUUGGAUUGCAAGGUCUUGUUGGAUUAGAUGGCCAACGAGGUGACAGAGGACAAAAAGGUGAAAAAGGAGUAACAGGAGAAGUUGGUCAUGUUGCCAGGGUUCCUGUUGGUACUGAAGCUGGUGCAUGCAACAUGAGCACAUCAGGUUAUUUGUUCUACCACAAUACUAAUAAAUCUGUGCUGUUUUGUGAUUCUAACGAGUGGAUUGAAAUAUUGUGUAAACCAUAUGUAUCUUGUUGUGCGGUUGAACACAAGAUUAACUCAUUUCAGUUUUUGCAGAAAGUCAUGUCUUCCUUGCCCAUAAAGGUUUAUUGUGACUAUUCGGUGAUCUCUAGUCGGUGUUUACUUGUCUGGAAACACUCGUAUUUUCAAGUUGGAAAUCCAACUGAUGACAUACGUACAUUCAGUUCAGUUGAUCGGCCAUGUACUGAUCUGUCUGAUCGUUGGUGUAAUGUGGGUAACAAUGAUAAUGUUCCUGGUCAAUUGACAGUUGCCUAUCAUGAAGGACAAGUGUGUAUGCAUAUCGUGGUGACCGUAAUACUAAACUGGGAAAGGCAUGGCGUGGAGCAAUACUCAACAAUCCAGUCAAAAUUACAGACCAUUGUACUGAUGACCUCCACAACCAAAUGUUCAUGCAGAUGGAAUACCGGGGUUUGACAUUUGACAAAUGGAAGACUGGUGUAUACAAUACUAGCUGAGAUACAGAUACAUACAGGAGUAUGACAGACUGUCACUGGGAAAAUUGUCAGUUACCUUUGUCUCUCUCGUCCAAAGCAGCUCAUUUGCAAAUGACAGUUGCUAUAUUUCUUUGUUGACUUU